UCCGUUUAAUAUUAAAGAAAUAGCCAUCAUUUCUGAACCAGAAACUCAGCAAAAGAAAGACUCUGAAAUCGUCGGAUUAGAGCCGUCCGUGGCGGUCGGAGUUAGGGUUUCGGCAUGGCCUCGAAGCGGAUCUUGAAGGAGCUCAAGGAUCUCCAGAAAGAUCCUCCGACAUCUUGCAGUGCUGGCCCUGUUGCUGAAGACAUGUUUCAUUGGCAAGCAACGAUAAUGGGUCCUCCUGAUAGCCCUUAUGCAGGGGGAGUCUUUCUAGUUACCAUUCAUUUCCCUCCAGAUUAUCCAUUCAAACCACCUAAGGUUGCAUUCAGAACAAAGGUUUUCCACCCAAAUAUCAACAGCAAUGGCAGUAUUUGCCUUGACAUCUUAAAAGAGCAGUGGAGCCCGGCCCUAACUAUAUCUAAGGUGCUGCUCUCCAUCUGCUCCCUGUUGACGGACCCAAAUCCUGAUGACCCCUUGGUACCAGAGAUUGCUCACAUGUACAAGACAGACAGGGCCAAGUACGAGACAACCGCCAGGAGCUGGACCCAGAAGUAUGCCAUGGGCUAAGUCUGCUUUAUGGUGAGGGCAUCUAGGACUUGCUCCUUCCUUACUUUUUAUGUGUAAAUCAAGUGUGAUUUGUGCUCUUUUUACUCUUGUAAUCGACAAAUGAAGAAUAGAUUUGAAAUGUGGCCCUCCAUAAACAAAGACAAAUGCUUUAGUUUGUCUGUGUGGAAAUCCAACUUUGAAACUAUGGAAGAUGUGUAGUUCCUGAUGUUCACAAAAAUAAGACUUGUUUUUCUCA